AUGAAACCGGCGCCUUUCUGGUAUGGCUCUCAUUGUCCGCGUGACGUCAAGCCUUCCACCUGGCUGCAACUUGUCUCUCUACUAACUACUAGUAGAGCUUGCGCACGCUUAUCGAGUGCACGUACACACACAUACACAGCUGCCGUCCCUCUCACCUUCCUUGCAAGAGGCUUCCUUUUCUAUCGGCCCGACAUUUUCCUCCCUUCCCAAUCCGAUCGAUAUUUGUUUUUCUUAAAUACGAUUAUCACAACCACAGACUCUGGCGUCUACUACAAAGCUAGCUUCAAGGCCAGAAUUGCAACUUCGCCGCAUCCACACUCACCGCAACGGUCGAUUGCUUGCGCGUGUCUGCAGCUACACGUUUCGGCCGCUUAG